GUCAUGAUCCAAGGACAUUAAUUUAACUGUAUUUGUGGUGCAGAAUCUAACAACUAAUUUAUCGCAGCUUCUUUUUCCGUUAAUAUACGCAGAAAAGGAAAGUAAAACGAAAGGAGUACUGAGAAAAACAGUUAGGAUUAGGGGCAAAAAAGGUAACUAAUCCAUAAUUCGAUUCCCAAAAAAAAUAUAAAAAAAAAGAUCAUCCAAUAAUUUGAUCCUCUUAUUCGCAAAAGUUAAAAAAACUGAAUGCGGCGACUGCGAUGAACGUUAACAAGGAACAAUCCGAUCGUGAUCUUCCAGAACCUUCUCCGUCCAUGGAGAAACCUACGCCGGCGCCGGUACAGUCACCGUCACCGUCACUGCAACCACCGAUAGAGCCCACUGCGCCGCAGCCGCCGUCUCUGCCGCAGAUGAAACAGACGCCGUCAUCAACAACUGUCACAAUUCCUUCUAUUGAUCCCAAUUCUCUAUUUAGCGGCGGCGGUAUUAGCUUUCUGACUGGAAACAAAAAUGCUAAAUUUAGCUAUGGAUAUGCUACUUUUAAGGGGAAACGAGCCUCCAUGGAGGACUACUAUGAGACAAGCAUAUCAGAAGUUGAUGGUCAAAUGGUGGCAUUUUUUGGUGUUUUUGAUGGUCAUGGUGGUUCAAGAACAGCAGAAUACCUAAAGAACAACCUCUUUAAGAAUUUGAGUAGUCAUCCUGAUUUUAUCAAAGAUACGAAGUCAGCUAUAGUUGAAGCAUUUAAGCAGACUGAUGCUGAUUAUCUUAAUGAAGAAAAAGGCCAGCAAAAAGAUGCUGGUUCAACAGCAUCAACUGCUGUUCUUUUAGGUGAUAGAUUGCUUGUUGCAAAUGUGGGAGACUCUAGAGUCGUCGCUUGUAGAGAUGGUUCAGCUAUUCCUUUGUCCAUCGAUCACAAACCUGACAGAUCUGAUGAGCGUGAAAGGAUAGAACAGGCCGGUGGUUUCAUCAUCUGGGCAGGUACAUGGCGUGUAGGUGGGGUCCUUGCCGUUUCUCGUGCAUUUGGAGAUAAAAUGUUAAAGCCAUAUGUUGUGGCAGACCCAGAGAUUCAGGAAGAAGAAAUUGAUGGUGUAGAUUUUUUGAUAAUUGCGAGUGAUGGACUUUGGAAUGUCCUGUCUAACAAGGAGGCCGUGACCAUUGUGCAGGACAUAAAAGAUGCUGAAGCAGCAUCACGUAAGCUUAUAGAAGAAGCUUAUUCGAGGGGGAGUUCUGACAACAUCACCUGUGUGGUGGUUCGAUUUGAGAACACUUAAAUGGACCUUUUAAG